AUGCCUAAACAAAAUCAGUCGGAAAAGCGCACCCGCCAAAGGGGCAAGAACUUCUCGCCAUCCGAGGAGGAUAUACUACUCCGUCUGCUAAAGCCCUAUAAACCCAUUAUUGACAACAAGAAAUCCGAUGCUUUGACCUGCCAGAUGAAGAAGGAGGCCUGGGAGCAGUUGGCCCAGAAGUUCACCCACCAAACCGGCAUGCCUCGCACUUGGCGGACCCUCAAGGAUAAGUACAAGAAUAUGAAUACCAAGACCAAGACGGAGGGCAGACGGUUGGUCAGUCAACCCAUCAAUCAGUUGGAUGAUUUUGAACUAACACCCAGUAGUUUUGUGUCGGUAGUAUAUGAUGAGGUCGGGGAGGAGGAGGAGGAUAAUCAAUAUGACUUAAUUGAGAUUAAACCUGAGAAAAUUGAAGAGAAUCCUAUCCAGGAGGAAGAUCAAGAGGAAGUUCAGGAGGAAGUUCAGGAGGAAGUUCAGGAGGAAGUUCAGGGGGAAUUUCUAUGGGCUAACCUAUCCCCGCUUUCACCGGAAAAAGACCCAAUAACCCCACCCACUAACAACAGCAAACGAUCCCUGGAGGCCGAUAGACAUGAGCUCAUUCGCCUGCAGCAGAGAUUCUAUAACAAUGAGAACGCCAGAUCCGCCAAGAGACAUCGCCUCGAGCUCAAGAAUCUUAAUCUGAAAAGCAAAAUCUUGGAACUGGAACUAGAGGAGCGACGUAUGCGCUUGGAAAACAACAAGGAGAACACCACAAUCACACCAAGUUGA